AUGUCGGAGCUCAACGAGCAGGUCCACAUCGAGGACCACACGCUCGGGGACGGCCAGGAAGGCGCUCCCAACGAGGCGAUCCUGUCGCGCCUGUCCGAGUGCUACGACCAAAUGGUGCACCCGCAGAAGCGCAUCGACGUCAAGCAGGUGAUCGAGGUCGUGGCCACGCGCGUGGUGGAGCUCAAGCACCUGCUGGUCAAAUGGAACCCGCCCAACCCGGACGUCAUGACGCAGCCCGAGCGCAGCUUCCCGUGGGAAUACGUCAACCUGGACGACAUCCUCGUGGACCUCAAGCUGCCUCCAGAGACGCUCGAAGUGCCUGUGCCGCAGUCGUUCCUUGACGACCAGCAGGAGGAUCUGCUGCGCCGUGAACGCCUCGUCAAGGGUUACAUGAAGCUCAAACACGGCGUGGAUUCCAUCCCGCUGGACGCGAUCAAAGUCGCGCAGUCCGCGCUCGCUAGCGGCGUGGGCGUGUUUUCGCUGGACGAGGCCAUUGCAGUGAUCCAGCGCAACGAGCGCGGUCGGCAGGGCCGUCAACGCGGCCUUCUGGUCCAGGAACUGCGCGAGGAGGAGCGUCAACGCAAGCUCUACGAGGCCGCCCAAGGCGCGCCUGAAAUGGACCCGGACAUCGCGGCUGCCAACAUUCAGCGCAUGUUUCGCGGCUUCUUCUCGCGGGCGGCGGCAGCGCGCGAGCGUGACGCGGAGCUGGUUUUCAUCGGCAUGAAGGCGCCCGCCACGGAUCGUUCCGCACUGGAGAAGCGCCUGGCGGACGCGCGUCUCCAGCGCCGUGUCGAGCAGGCUGAGAACAAGGAGGAGUACGAGCGCGCACUCAUUGAGCUGCACGGAGUCGUCACCAACGAGGAAGGACCGUUCAUGAAGGAGAAGAUGCUGGAGGAGAGACGCCGCUGGAUCACGGAUGUCAUGGCCACGGGCCAGCUCCCUGAAGACCUCACGGGCUUCUACGCGGCGUUGAAUGGAGAGAUGACUCCCGAGGAGCUGGCCAAAGCUCAGGCUAAAGAGGAAGAAGAGGCCAAGGCUAAGGCUGCUGCCGACAAGAAAGGAGCUAAGGGGGCCAAGGGCAAGAAGGAGGAGAAGAAGGGAGGCAAAGGAGCUAAGGGCAAAGGCAAAGAUGCCAAGGAGCAGGAGGAGGAAGCGCCCGAGAAGCCGCCCCCGCUCACGGGGCCUUCCGAGCUCUGCAAGAAGCUGGCGGGAGGGGUGGCCCAGUACGAGAAGGUGUGGCUCGAGCGCGAGGAUCUGGACAAUUUCUACCAGAAGUACGACGUCGCUCUGGCCAAGGACGUGGUGCGCGGGCCCGUGGAAGUGCAGGUUCGGCAGCAGGUGGACGAGAUGCUGGUGCUGCAGCUCGUGAACAUCAAGGCGCAGCUCGAGGCGGCCGCUUCGGCUGGCAAGAAGGGUAAGAAGGGCAAAGGGAAAAAGGGAGGCAAGAAGGGCAAGAAAGGCAAGAAAGGCAAGAAGGACGGCAAGAAGAAGGGCAAGCCCCUCCCUGGCGAGAAGAUCUCGGAGCUUAAGGGCCGUGCGCCGGACUCGUUCCUGAGUGUGCUGGUGGAGCACCAGAUCGUGCACGCGCCUCGUCCGGGCGUGCGCGUGCGAGAUUUCGUGGGCAGCUUUAACUUCCUGGGCACCGUCUACCAGCACUGCGAGCGGCGCGAUCGCUUCGGCAACUGGGUGCCUCAAGACCCGUCGGCUGCCCAACUACGCCAGUCAUUAACGGAGUAUGGUGUACUUCCGCUUGGAUCGCCGUUUGUUCGAGCGCGUACGCCAAUUGUGCGAUCAAUGAUGCUGUACGGGCCUCGUGGGUCAGGGAAGACGAUGCUGGUGAGCGCGCUGGCGAACGAGACCGGAGCCCUGCUACUCAAUCUGUCGCCAAGCAACCUCGUUGGUAAGUUCGCGGGCAAGACCGGACCGACGAAGCUCGUGCACAUGGCGUUUGUGCUAGCCAAGGCGGCCGCGCUGCAGCCCAUUAUCAUCUACAUCGACGACUGCGAGCAGAUCUUCGCGGGCGGCGGCGGCAAGAAGAGCAAGUCUGCAGCCAACUCGGAAGGCCCCGUCCGGUUCAAGAAGGACCUCCUGCUGUACAUCAAGGCGGCGCUGGAGCCUUCGGACCGCGUGCUAGUUAUCGGCACGUCGGCAGACCCAGGUGCAGCCGAGGUGAAGGACCUGCGCAACUUCUUCGACAAGUUCCUGCACGUGCCGUACCCGGACUACGCGUCGCGCGUGCUGCUCUGGAAGCACGCGCUGCGCACCACUAUCGCAGCUCACGCGGCCACGUUGGGGCUGUCGUCAGCGGCUACAGCAGCGGCACUGGCUGCUGCGUCUUCGUCAGCGUCCACUUCAGGCUCAGGUGGAGGUUCGGCCUCACAGAUUCAGGACCACCGACGUCGGGAGCCCAUUGAUAUCUCGACCUUGGCCCACAUCUCGGAAGGCUACUCGUCCGGCAGCAUCGUGCGCGCGGUAGAGAACACGCUGACGCCUCGACGCGUGGAGUGUCUGGAGAAGCGCCCGCUGCGUGAGGAGGAGUUCCUAGGUGCUCUGUCGCGCCAGACUGCUACGUUCGCUGAGGACCACGAGAAGUUCAAGAACUUCACCGCUGUCAUCACGGGCCUGAAGGACACGCGCGACAAGAUCCGCAAGGCCGCAGCAGACGCGCUCAACGCGGACGACAAGAAGGAUGGCAAGGGCAAGGGAGGAGACAAGAAGGGCAAGAAGGGCAAGAAGUGA